AUGUCAGACACGCAGACCAAUCCUUUUAUCAAAAGCCUCGCUUCGAGUGAGAAGAAGAUUCGCGACAAUGCCCUGGAGUCGCUGCGAACCUACCUCACAGCGCAGAAACAGAUUGCAGAGCUAGAUCUGUUAAAACUAUGGAAAGGUCUUUUCUACUGCCUGUGGAUGCAAGACAAACCCGCGCUACAACAGCAGCUCUCCCGCGACCUCGCCGCCCUCGUCCCCGUCCUGCGCAAAGCUGUCGUCUUGCCUUUCAUCCGCGCCUUCUGGCUGACUAUGGCGCGCGAAUGGUCGCAUAUCGAAGCACUGAGACUAGACAAAUAUCUCUAUCUCAUUCGCCAGUACCUCAACACUUCGUUCACGUUUCUUGCGCGCAGGCAUUGGAAGACAACGGUGCUGCAGGAGUGGAAUAAUAUUGUGGAGGAAACGCCGCUGGAGCCGACGAACAUGAAGAUCCCGAACGGGCUGCGAUACCACGUGUUGGAUAUCUGGGUCGACGAACUGGCGAAGGUGGAGGAAGGGUGGGAGAAAGAGGAAAAACGAGAGACUUUGGAGACGUUGGUACAGCCCAUUGAGAAGCUGGCCAAGGAGGGCAAAUUAAAGGUUCUGAGGGUCGCGGCGAAGGAGUGUCUCGCGGAUGAGCGCCUACGGGCCUGGAGAGGGCAGGAGGAUGAGGAGAUGGUGGAUGAAGAGGAAGAGGAAGAGGAGGAGUGGGGAGGAUUUGAGUAG